GUACCUGGGCUCAUUUUUCUUUACAUCGCCCAAAUUUCUCAGCCUUGUGAAACCCACGCGACAACACGCGCACAAGGCUUCGCACACAGAGUCGCAUAAACCGGUAUAUUUCACGACUCAGGAUACACGGCGAUCUAUACACCAUAUCCAAUUGCUCCAGCAUUUUAAAAGGUAUCGCGUUGCUAAGAUGAGGCUCACCGCGGAGCUCAUCAACAACUCCCUCUCCUACCUCAACCCGCUGAAGGAGCGGGAACUGGAUCUCCGAGGUCACAGAAUUCCAACUAUCGAGAACCUGGGUGUUGCAGGCCCCCACGAUGCGAUCGAUUUCACCGACAAUGACAUCCAGGUGCUGGGGAACUUCCCCUUGUCACCGAGGAUCCGGACACUGCUCCUAGCGCGCAAUCGCAUUAGCACCAUCCAGCCGACCCUCCCCAAUUCGAUCCCGAACCUCAAGAACCUGGUCCUUGCGACAAAUAACCUCACAGAGCUGUCGGACCUUGAAGUCCUUGGGAAGUUUGCAGGUCUGACCCACCUGGUAUUGCUGGAUAAUCCGGUUACAAAGAAAGAGCACUACCGAUAUUGGGUUCUCUGGCUAUGCCCCAGAGUACGAUUCCUAGAUUACGAGAAGGUCAAGGAUGCAGAGAGGGAGAGGGCAAGGGAGCUGUUUGGGACAGCAGAAGAACCGACUGAGCUGGCUUCGACGCUCAAGGGCAUCAAGUCCAAGACAUUCGACGUCACUGCUAAUGGCACGGCCGACGCCAGCUCCAGGCUCUCGCGACUCAAGCUGACGGACGGCGAGCGGAAGAAGUUGCAGGAGUUGAUCAAGAAGGCCAGCAGCUUGGAGGAAAUCAUUCGGCUGGAAAAGGCGCUGCAGGAGGGGAGACUGCCUCCCGGAAUCAUGGUGGACGAUGCUAUGGAGGAGUGAAGCGGUUGGUACCCCACCACGCGGUGCUGGGUCGGCACCGGAAGUCGAGGGUUUGUUCUCGGGUGUUUGGGAUACGGAGUGGUACCUAAAAAUAGGGUGUCUUUUUCUCCCUUGUGCCAGCCAUCUGGGGCUCAUGAUGUACAAAGUAACGAGUGUCGUGUUAUAUACGACCAUUUCAACCAUCGAUCGGGGCAUUAUAAAUAAAUGCCUUGGGAUUACAAA